GGAGAUAAUCCAUGCAAAUCAGAGGCACUGGCUCCCAGUGCUUGAUUCACAAAGAGAACUCAGCUUCAGGAGGUCACUCAUUCACAGCUGCUCCUCCCAUAAUAUUUUUCCCCUCAUUGCAGAACUGCUGCAUGUAUACAGUGACUGAAAGGACUCAAUUUACUGCAACUGCAGCCUGGUUUUACUGACAACUUUCUUUAAAGGGGGACUUACCUUCCAUCUGUCUUGUAAAGCUGUAGGUGGCAGAACUCAACUCUUGGGACAUCUCCUCAUCUGGUGCUGAGCGCUAUGGAGUCUAAGCCUGGGGUAUUUAUGGUACAAUGAUGAAUUUCUUCUUUCUCAGAAUGGUAUGAAGAUCAAUGAUACAGACCACUGGCUUCAAUGAUGCUGGGCAUUUAUAACUGGGUUCAUUAAGGAAUACAAAGAAAAUACUUAAAGGGAUCAAUAAUGGUGUCUUCUGGUUGCAGAAUGCAAUUUUUUUGGUUACUUCUCAUAAUCAGCUUCCUGCAGUGUACAGAAGGUUUCAGCCGAGCAGCAUUACCAUUUGGUUUAGUUAGGAGGGAACUGUCUUGUGAGGGCUACUCCAUUGACCUUCGGUGUCCAGGAAGUGAUGUUAUUAUGAUAGAGAGUGCUAAUUAUGGACGGACAGAUGACAAGAUUUGUGAUGCCGACCCUUUCCAGAUGGAAAACACAGAAUGCUUCCUCCCAGAUGCCUAUAAAAUUAUGACACAAAGGUGCAACAACCGAACACAGUGUAUAGUAGUUACUGGGUCAGACGUGUUUCCUGAUCCUUGUCCUGGAACGUACAAAUAUCUUGAAGUUCAGUAUGAAUGUGUUCCUUACAUUUUUGUUUGCCCGGGGACGUUGAAAGCAAUUGUGGACUCACCGUCUUUAUAUGAAGCUGAACAAAAGGCAGGUGCUUGGUGCAAAGAUCCUCUCCAGGCUGCAGAUAAAAUAUACUUCAUGCCAUGGACUCCAUAUCGCACUGAUACUUUGAUAGAAUACGCUUCUUUAGAGGACUUCCAAAAUGGACGCCAACAGACAACUUACAAACUUCCAAAUCGAGUGGACGGCACUGGAUUUGUGGUGUAUGAUGGUGCUGUAUUUUUUAACAAAGAAAGAACCAGGAACAUUGUAAAGUUUGAUUUGAGGACUAGAAUUAAGAGUGGAGAGGCCAUUAUCAAUUAUGCUAACUACCAUGACACUUCUCCAUACAGAUGGGGAGGAAAGACUGAUAUUGAUUUAGCAGUUGAUGAAAAUGGCUUAUGGGUAAUUUAUGCUACGGAACAAAACAACGGAAUGAUAGUUAUUAGCCAGUUGAAUCCAUACACUCUUCGCUUUGAAGCAACAUGGGAAACCACAUAUGACAAACGGGCAGCAUCCAAUGCUUUUAUGAUAUGUGGAGUCCUCUAUGUAGUCCGAUCAGUGUAUCAAGACAACGAAAGUGAAACUGGCAAGAAUGCAAUUGAUUACAUUUACAACACCAGGUUAAGCAGAGGAGAAAAUGUAGAAGUUCCCUUCCCCAACCAGUACCAGUACAUUGCAGCAGUGGAUUACAACCCAAGAGAUAACCAUCUGUAUGUGUGGAACAACAACUUCAUUCUACGAUACUCUCUAGAGUUUGGCCCACCUGACCCUGCCCAAGUGCCUACUACCGCAGUGACAAUAACUUCUUCAGCAGAGCUAUACAAAACCACUGUGUCAACCAUAAGCACGACUUCACAGAAAGGCCCCAUAAGCACAACAUUAGCUGGAGGCACAAAGGAAGGAAGCAGAGGGCCCAAGCCACCACCAGCAGUUUCCACAACGAAAAUUCCUCCAGUGACAAGUUUUUUCCCUUUGCCAGAGAGAUUCUGUGAACCUGAUGAGGCCAGGGGGAUUAGCUGGCCUCAGACACAAAGAGGAAUGAUGGUUGAACGUCCUUGUCCCAAAGGAACUCGAGGAACUGCCUCGUAUCUCUGCAUGGUUUCCACUGGAACAUGGAACCCUAAGGGCCCUGAUCUUAGCAACUGUACCUCACACUGGGUAAAUCAGCUGGCUCAGAAGAUCAGAAGUGGAGAAAAUGCUGCUAGUCUGGCCAAUGAACUGGCUAAACACACCAAAGGACCAGUUUUUGCUGGUGAUGUGAGUUCAUCAGUGAGGUUGAUGGAACAGUUGGUGGACAUUCUUGAUGCUCAACUGCAAGAACUGAGGCCUAGUGAAAAAGACUCAGCCGGGCGGAGUUAUAACAAGCUCCAAAAACGAGAGAAGACAUGCAGGGCUUACCUUAAGGCAAUCGUUGACACAGUGAACAACCUCCUCAGGCCUGAAGCUCUAGAAUCCUGGAAAGAUAUGAAUUCUUCCGAACAAGCACAUGCUGCAACAAUGUUACUUGAUACACUAGAAGAAGGGGCUUUUGUCUUGGCUGACAACCUCUUAGAACCAACUAGAGUCUCAAUGCCCACCGAAAACAUUGUUCUGGAAGUUGCAGUGCUCAGUACAGAAGGCCAGGUGCAGGACUUGAAAUUUCCUCAGGGCAGUGAAGGAGGCAAUUUGAUCCAACUCUCCGCAAACACUGUGAAACAGAACAGCAGGAAUGGAUUAGCAAAAUUGGUUUUCAUCAUUUACAAAAGUUUGGGACGCUUCCUCAGUACCGAAAAUGCGACCAUAAAGCUGGGUAGUGACUUCGUUGGUCGGAACAGUACCAUUGCAGUGAACUCCCACGUCAUCGCAGCCUCUAUCAACAAGGAGUCCAGCCGUGUGUACCUGACUGAUCCUGUGCUUUUUACCCUGGAACACAUUGAUCCUGACAAUUAUUUCAAUGCAAAUUGCUCCUUCUGGAACUACUCAGAGAGGACUAUGAUGGGAUAUUGGUCCACUCAGGGGUGCAAGCUGAUUGACACAAAUAAAACUCAUACAUCUUGUGCUUGCAGCCACCUAACAAACUUUGCAAUCCUUAUGGCCCAUAGGGAAAUUGCGUACAAAGAUGGAGUGCAUGAGCUACUCCUUACUGUCAUCACCUGGGUGGGAAUUGUCAUCUCCCUUGUAUGCCUGGCCAUCUGCAUCUUCACAUUCUGUUUCUUCCGUGGCCUGCAAAGUGAUCGUAAUACUAUUCACAAGAAUCUUUGUAUCAACCUAUUCAUUGCAGAGUUCAUUUUCCUAAUAGGCAUCGAUAAAACAGAAUACAAAAUUGCAUGUCCAAUAUUUGCAGGCCUCUUACACUUUUUCUUCCUGGCAGCAUUUGCCUGGAUGUGUUUAGAAGGAGUGCAGCUCUAUCUCAUGUUAGUAGAAGUAUUUGAAAGUGAAUAUUCUAGGAAGAAGUACUACUAUGUUGCUGGCUACCUCUUCCCUGCCACAGUAGUUGGUGUCUCAGCAGCUAUUGACUAUAAGAGCUAUGGAACAGAGAAAGCUUGCUGGCUCCACGUAGAUAACUAUUUUAUCUGGAGUUUCAUUGGGCCUGUUACCUUCAUUAUUCUGCUGAAUCUUAUCUUCCUGGUGAUCACAUUGUGCAAAAUGGUGAAGCACUCAAACACUCUGAAACCAGACUCUAGCAGGUUGGAAAACAUUAAUAAUUACCGUGUUUGUGAUGGCUACUAUAAUACGGACUUACCUGGCUAUGAAGAUAAUAAACCAUUUAUCAAGUCCUGGGUCUUAGGUGCAUUUGCUCUCCUGUGUCUUCUUGGCCUAACAUGGUCAUUUGGCCUGCUGUUUAUCAAUGAAGAGACUGUUGUGAUGACAUAUCUCUUCACAGUAUUUAAUGCUUUCCAGGGAAUGUUUAUUUUCAUCUUUCAUUGUGCCCUUCAAAAGAAAGUACGUAAGGAAUAUGGAAAGUGCUUCCGACAUUCCUAUUGCUGUGGUGGACUACCAACUGAGAGCCCCCACAAUUCAGUGAAGGCGUCGACAACAAGAACUAGCGCACGCUAUUCCUCUGGCACUCAGAGUCGUAUAAGAAGGAUGUGGAACGACACUGUGAGAAAACAAUCUGAAUCUUCCUUUAUCUCAGGUGACAUCAACAGCACUUCAACACUUAAUCAAGGAAUGACUGGCAAUUACCUACUAACAAACCCUCUUCUUCGACCACACGGCACUAACAACCCCUAUAACACAUUGCUCGCUGAAACAGUUGUAUGUAAUGCCCCUUCAGCUCCCGUGUUUAACUCACCAGCAACCUACAGAGAGACAAGACAUUCACUGAACAAUGCCAGGGAUACAAGUGCCAUGGAUACUCUACCGCUAAAUGGUAAUUUCAACAACAGCUACUCGUUGCGCAAUGGAGAUUAUAAUGACAGUGUGCAAGUUGUAGACUGUGGACUAAGCCUGAAUGAUACUGCUUUUGAAAAAAUGAUCAUUUCAGAAUUAGUGCACAACAACCUGCGGGGCAGCAGCAAGAACCACAACCUGGAGCGCACACUCCCAGCCAAAGCUGUGAUUGGCGGGAGCAGUAGCGAAGAUGACGCAAUUGUGGCGGAUGCUUCAUCUUUGAUGCACAGUGACAACCCAGGACUGGAGCUUCACCAUAAGGAGCUUGAGGCACCACUCAUUCCCCAACGGACUCACUCGCUUCUGUACCAGCCACAGAAGAAAGUGAAGACUGAAGGAACUGACAGCUACGUCUCACAGCUGACAGCUGAGGCUGAAGACCACCUACAGUCCCCCAACAGAGACUCUCUUUACACAAGCAUGCCCAAUCUUAGAGACUCUCCUUAUCCAGAGAGCAGCCCUGAUGUUGAAGAAGAUCUCUCUCCCUCCAGGAGGAGUGAGAAUGAAGACAUUUACUACAAAAGCAUGCCAAAUCUUGGAGCUGGCCAUCAGCUUCAGAUGUACUAUCAAAUCAGCAGGGGCAAUAGUGAUGGCUAUAUAAUUCCUAUUAACAAAGAAGGAUGUAUCCCAGAAGGAGAUGUUAGGGAAGGGCAAAUGCAACUAGUGACAAGCCUUUAAUAGUGUAGCAAAGAAAUACUAAAGGCCACAUACAAGUAUUAAAAAGACUUUAUUGGCCCAACGCAGGCUCCCUCAUAUCUGCUCAAAGAGACUAUUCUGUUCACCCUGUGGUUCUCCGGUGUAAAGGGAAUGACUGGACCUUGCAGUUCUGUGAAUUUUUAUAAAACAAAAACUUUGUAUAUACACAGAGUAUACUAAAAUGAAUUAUUUGUUACAAAGAGAAGAGAUACCAACAAGGUAUUUUAAGAUAUCUUCUGCUGCUGAGUUUAACAAAAUUGUGAAACAAACAAACAAAGAUGAAAACUUUCCAGCCAUUUUACUGCAGCAGUUUGUGAACUAUAUUUGUAAAUAUGGCUGCACCCUCCCCCCUCCUUUUUUGGGUAGGCCUGCAUUGUAUUAUAUACAAGACGUAGGCUCUAAAAUCCUGUGGGACAAAUUUACUGUACCUUAUUAUUCCUGACAAGACUUUCAAAAGCAGGAGAGAGAGAUUCUGCAUCAGUUUGCAGUUCACUGCAAAUCUUGUCCAUUAAGGCAAAGAUUGAAAACAUGUCUAACCACUAGCAAUCAAGCCACAGGCCUUAUUUCAUAUAUUUCCUCAACUGUACAAUGAACUGUUCUUGUGAAAGAUGGCUAAAGAAAUUAUAUUUUGUUCUAUUGCUAGGGUAAAAAAAUACAUUUGUGUCCAACUGAAAUAUAAUUAUUAAAAAUAAUUUUAAAGAGUUUGAAGAAAAUAUUGUGAAGAGCUCUUGGUUGCACAUAUGUUAUAAGCUGGUUUUCUUACACUUUGUUCAUAGUACUGUAGUAUGUUUAAAUUCCAAGUUCUACCUGGUUUCACUUAUUUUUCACUGUAAACAGUGUUCUGCUUUGAGAAGUUAAUUUUUAUUCUUAUGUUUGACUUUUUUUUAUUGCCAAAAAAACCAAACAACCGAUUUCCAAGGAGAAAUUUCUCUCAGAAGCCAGUUAUGCCAUGCCUUGCACAAAUUUGGUAAAAUCUAGCCAAGAUUGUAAAUCAAUUCCCUGUUCAUUCUUUAACCAGGGUGGGAAGGGGAGGGCUAAUGGGCACUUCUCUCAAACUUUCUGGUGAACAAAAGGUGCCUGUCCUUUUAAAAAUUAAAUAAAACAAAUAUUAUUCCUCCAUAUUCCUUCUGCCUAUAUUUAGUAAUUUAUUUUAUGAUAAAGAUCUAAUGAAAUGUAAAUUGUUUCAGCAAAAUUCUGCUUUUUUUCAUCCCUUUGUGUAAAACUGUUAAUGAGCCCAUCACUAAUAACCAAUGUAAAGUUUAACACCUGUUUGACAGUAAAUAAAUGUGAAUUUUUUUCCAA